AAGCGGGCGGGGCUUGAGAACCGGGCCCGAGCCUCCCCGGUGAUCUGGGGACGGCCGGAGCAGCCAGCCCCGGGCCCUGGGUCCGCUCCCCGCGCCGGACCGGCUUUCAGCCCGCGGCGGCAGGGCGGGCACGCCCACCCGGACACCCGUCGCCCGAGAGGCGGCUUCCGCGUUUUAUAGCCCCUUUCUCCCCUCGUGGACAAUUACAAGAGUUAGGAAAGACGCGGAACCUCUGCGGUUAGCUGGGGACUGUGCCCAUCGCCUGCGUUAGUCUCUCCCUUCCCGAGGCUCUGGCAGGGUUUCUUUGUGUCACCUUGGCUGUCCUGGACUCACUUUGCAGACCAAGAUGGACUUGAACUCACAAGAGAUCCACCUGCCUCUUCCUCCCCAGCACUGGGAUUAAAGAUAUUUUAAUAUCUCAACUCAAAAAAUAUACUGGAUAAUAUCCUUGAAAAACAAAGAUGAAAUCAUGAAGAAAUGUUUUAAUUAUUGAAACCAUGGCUACAUCUGCUAAUUUGGACAUUGGGGCCCAGCUGAUUGUGGAAGAGUGUCCCAGCAGCUAUAGUCUUCCUGGCAUGCCAGACAUCAAAAUAGAGCACCAGCUGGACCCAAACUCAGAAGAAGGAUCAGCUCAGGGUGUUGCCAUGGGAAUGAAAUUCAUAUUGCCAAACCGAUUUGAUAUGAACGUGUGUUCUCGAUUUGUGAAGUCCUUAAAUGAAGAGGAUAGUAAAAACAUUCAAGAUCAAGUUAACUCUGACCUGGAGGUGGCAUCUGUUUUAUUUAAAGCUGAGUGUAAUAUCCAUACAUCACCUUCUCCUGGAAUUCAAGUAAGGCAUGUCUACACCCCCUCUACCACAAAACACUUCUCACCCAUAAAACAGUCAACAACUUUAACCAACAAGCACAGGGGAAAUGAGGUCUCCACCACACCUCUGUUAGCAAACUCCCUGUCUGUUCACCAGUUGGCAGCACAGGGAGAGAUGCUGUAUCUGGCCACUCGAAUUGAACAAGAAAAUGUUAUCAAUCACACGGAUGAAGAAGGAUUUACUCCCCUGAUGUGGGCUGCGGCACACGGGCAAAUAGCUGUGGUAGAGUUCCUACUUCAGAAUGGUGCAGAUCCGCAGCUGUUAGGAAAAGGUCGAGAAAGUGCCCUGUCAUUGGCCUGCAGUAAAGGCUACACGGAUAUUGUCAAGAUGCUGCUGGACUGUGGAGUUGAUGUGAAUGAGUAUGACUGGAAUGGAGGGACACCUUUGCUUUAUGCCGUCCAUGGGAACCAUGUGAAGUGUGUCAAGAUGCUGUUAGAAAAUGGAGCUGACCCAACAAUUGAAACCGACUCUGGAUAUAAUUCUAUGGAUUUAGCUGUAGCUUUGGGCUAUAGAAGUGUUCAACAGGUCAUUGAGUCACAUCUGCUGAAGCUCCUUCAAAACAUCAAGGAGUGACGAAGCCCUCAGAAAAUACAUCUGCCCUUCUCUGCGCUCCUCGGUCCUUAUAGAUGAUAGGUUGUUUACUUGUACAUUUUACCUCAGUUGCAGUGCUGGUUUUUAGUGAGUUCUAAUAUAUAUUCCUUUAGCUAAUUCACUGGCUUAUAAUAAAAUUAAUCCUGAUGUUUUAAAAUAAAUACGUUUUACUAUAUAUUUUAAAUUAUAAAUUAAUGUUUUAUGGCAUGUAAACUUUUAUGGUACAGGUGGUUAUGUGUCUUUGUAUCAAGUACCACAAUUUGACACUUUGAGAAAAUUCCACUUUGUUUAUCUUUACUCUUUUAUUAACUGUUUGACUUUGCACAGGGCUUAUUGUAAGUCUGUGGGGGGAAACAAUGUUCUUGUUGAAUUAAAAAGCAUCCAGUAUGGUGGUUUACAAAAUCAUGUUUAAAUAAAUACUUUUUCUGUCCAUU